AUGGCGCGGAUAGGCGAGCUCAAGCCGUGCAAGCCGACCAGCCCCGGCCGCCGGCACCGCGUUGUCAUUGACAAGGCGGGCCUGUGGCGCGGCCGGCCCGAGCCCUCGCUGACGACGCGCAUCGCCGGGCAGCACCAGGCGGGCAGGAACAACACCGGUCAGAUCACGACGCGUCGGCGCUCGGCACCGCACCACCGCCGGCUCUACCGCAUGAUCGACUUCCACCGGCGGCGCGCUGAUCCGGCGGUUGUCGAGCGGCUCGAGUACGACCCCAACCGCUCCGCCUUCAUCGCGCUCAUCCAGUACGCUGCCGACGGGCAGCGGUCGUACAUCCUCGCGCCGCAGGGGCUCUCGCUCGGCGACACGGUCGAGUGCGGCGAGGAGGCGCCCUUCACGCCGGGCAACGCGAUGCCGCUGCGGCUCAUUCCGGAGGGGACGCGGGUGCACA